CCCUUUCAUGCGACAGCCAGAGCACAAAGUUAGUUAUUCGACACACGGCAAACCGGCCCGUGUAUGCAUGCAUUACAUCCGUCCAAAACCACGAAACACACACACGGCACAUGAGUCACAAACAAAUAUAUCAGGCACACAAAGCGAAGCACAUACAUACAGGCAGGCACCGCACCCGCAUAGCACAUCACCCAUCUAUCUAUGAGUAUCUUGGUCCCGACACCGCCCCGCGCACAUGCGGCGGGACCGUAUCAAUCUUGGCCUUCUUGAGCCAACAGGUGUUCCUCAACGUCUCGUCAGCCACAUUGGAGUGGUAGUGUGUGAAGAACUGACACUUAGCCGACGACUUGCUCUGACACAUCGACUGGCACUCUAUCUCGGAAGUGACGUCGCGCAAAGGCAUCCCGGCCAUAUCGUUGCCGGGGUACUCUUUGUCAGGAAGCAAACCUCCUGCACACACAGCACAGGAUGAUGCAUCAAUGAAUGAGACAUGAGACAGCGACCUUGGUGUGCUGUGCUCUUGCCAAAGUGCUGACUGACCGCAUCCCUUCGGCCCGGUGAUGUAUCCCUUGACAUUGGCGUUGUGUGCGUCCUUGUCGUCCAUCCGCCGUUCCCGCUUCAGGUAACACGCCUGGGCGUCCGGCCGGUCCUCGCCCUUCGUCGCGCCUCCCACGUAUGUGAAGCCGUUGCAGUUGGGGCUCUGCUGGCACAGCUCCUGGCACACCAGGGGGGCGUCGAUCAUCACCUCACCCCUGGCCGACGGGCGCUUCAAAGCUUCCCCCUUGAUGGGCAUGUUGGGCAGAUCGGGGCCUUCGAAAGCAGUGUCCUCUUCCAGACAGCCUGGUGGUCGGCCACACACAGAGACAGCAGGAAGGAUGACCAUCUCGUUCCAUGUCUCCCCUCCGUGUUGUGUUUCUGCUUACUGCAGUAUUUGGGACCGAUGACAUCGAGUGGCGAGUUGGUCGGCUCGACAACCUCCCUGCCGUAUGCCGCCGUGAGAGUGCACAUGUUAGUGUCCUCUCGCCAGUGAAAGCCCCUGCAGUCCCGCACUUGCUGGCAGCGGUACUGACAGAGGAUUGCCGAGGUGACCUUUCCCUCGGGCGGCACGCGAGACAGAGGCCGAAGACUCCUGAACGCACUCCACAUGCACGGCUCUGCAAAUGAAGAAACACAUCAGUCAACCCCACCCCCAGCACACGCACAGAGAUGGGUGUAGUGUAUUGAUGUGUCUGCCCACCGUCUUUGGAGUAUGCCGGCAGAACAAGGAAGCUUUCCCCGCCCGGGCCAGCCCCGGGGUUGAUGGCGCCCUGCCACACCUCCACCUCACACAGCGACAGAAUCCGCCCCUCCUCGCCCUCCCCAGUCAGUUCAGGCAGCACCAGCCAGACGUACUGUCCCACAGGCAGGUUGCUGCAGUUGAGCUGCGUGAACUCGCCUGGCGGGAAGUCGGGGGGCGUCACGUCCACAACGCACUGGGCGUUGGCGGGGUCGUCGUAAGAAGACACGCUGGGCCCCACAUACACCUCCACGCCAUCGAUCCUGGGGGAAGGAAGAAUGGGAGAGCUGACAAUCAAUGGUGUGUGUCGUCUGUUUGUGCGGUCUCUGCGCGCACCAGUCGGUGUGUGUCUUGCGGUUCAGAAUUCUGACUGCUCCGAUGGUGUACGGCCUCGUCAGCUCCACUCGCCACCAGGGGCGCUUGCCAGGCAGCUGCAGACACAAGGUUCACACACACAUCGUGCACAGAGGAGAUUGCAUGGGUGUGGAUUGUAACCGUCUCAGAGCAGAGUGUGGAUGAGAGCGUGCCAUCGACGGCAAGGCUGCUGGCGUGGGGGACACUUGCCUCCUGCUCCUCCUCCUCCUCCUGGACCGGCCUGUUGGGAUCGAGCUCUGCUGGCGAGGAAGUUGUGCUCACGACUGGCUUGGGGAAGUGAUCUGUCGGCCUGCAGGCCACACAUCACACCACGCAGACCGGCUUUGUUGCUCCGGAAUGUGAGCUCACAUACGUACCUCACUCACCUGUGGAAAGCGAGAUUGGGUGGAAUGGCUUUGAGUCUCAGGUUCCUCUCCCUCUGUAUGGCCUUGAGUUCGUGUUCAUAGUACCCCAGGACCUCCACCUCACACAGCGACAGGACCGUGCUGGGGUCGCCAGGCAUGGCCACCCACACGUAUCGACCUUCAGGCCACCCGAAGUCAGCCAGCUUCUGGCACUCGAUAAGGGUGGUGCCGAACAUCUCCCAGUUGCUCUGCACGCCGCCCUUGGGGAUGCAGGGCAGGUUGCCCGGCGAUCGGAAGGCGCAGGCGUUGUUGCCUAUCCAGAUCUCGGCUCCACGGAGGCUGGGAGGGAAGAGAGACAGCAUGCCAUGCUCGUGAAGUGAGAUGCGCGAGGGUAUGUUUCCCUCUUGUUCUUGUCUGUACCGGUCCCUGGCCGUGAUGGAGACCCCCCAGACGGGGUGAGAGUCCUUUAGGUCGACGCGCCACCAUGGGUCCCAUCCUAUGUCCUGGGGGUUAUGACAGACAGGUGUCAUCCGUCUGAGUGGUCGGCCAUUGCCCUCUAUGCUCACGCACCGCCACAGUCUUGGUACACGACGGCGAGCUGCCAACUCGCGACAUGGACUUCUGGCCAUCGACGGGCAGCCACGCCUCGCUCCGCUCAGAUGUCGAGCUCUGACUCGCCUCCCUGCAUACACACACACACACACACACACACGAUCACGCCUGUGUCUGUCAUCUAUCUCCCCCACGUACUCACUUCUCCAGGGCAAAAUUGGUCCUAGGCGGCGGUGUGGGAAACGGCUCCUGCAGGGCUUCCUCUUUCCAUGUCAGCGGCCCUCUGGUGGUGGUCGAUGUGGUCUCCUCGCCAGGCCUGGCCGUCGCCCCUGGUGGCAAAGGUGUGGUGCUGACAUUCUCCGUCGGGACGAAUGGGAACUGUACGGUGCCGUUCUCGCGGUCGGUGGGCGGGAUCUCGCCGACCUCUGUGCCCUGGCACAUGCAGAUGAAGGCCACCUGCUCGUACUUGGCGGUGGCCGGGCAGAAGGAGGUGGCGAAGGAGGCGUUGAGCUGCUUCAGGUCGCAGUACGUCUCGCCGUUGCACUUUUCCCUAGACACAAACCACGGAGAGACACAUAGAGAGCGGAGGGGGUGUUUGAGGUGCGCUGUGAGGGUAAGGUGAAGAAAGCUUCCUUACGAGACGUCCUGCGUGAUGUCCCUGAGCCUGCACUUGUCUUCAUCGAAUGAGGGUGUGGGUCUGCACUGGUGCUGGUCCUUCCUGCCGUAGCCGGCGUAGUAGACGUGGAUCUCCUUGCCCAUCUCGCACGACACGAAGUCCGAGUCCUCGUCACACUUGAUGCGGGCUGACAUGGACGGCGGCAGCUUCGUGUCCUGACACGUCUGCAGCGGCACAUAUGGCAGCGGCGGGAAGGCGUUCCUGGAGGGAGGGACGUCCUCUGAUGGACGAACAAAGACCCAUAGAUGUUUGUUGUGGUGCGCGCGUGUGUGUGUGUUUGUUUCGCUGACCGGGCACCCCGCAGUGGCAUUUGUAUCUGAUGUGGAGGUACUUGGGUCCGUCGCACGGGUGGCCGAAGUAGUAGAAAUGCGCAUACACCAGACACUGAUGCUGUGUGUCGCACCCGUCCCUGCUCGAACAACCAACCAUACACAACACACGCCUCUCUAUGGACGGAAGCGCAAGAGAAGACAGACACUGGUUCGCCCCACCUCCCUCCCUCCCGUACUGAAUGAGCUUGGUGACGUCCAACGAGCAGUCGCCCAGCACAGGGGCCGGGGUGCAUAUGUCGGAGUCCCCCCGACCAAAGAAAGCCUCAUACACAUAGAUGCCCUUGACGCCCCCAGUGUCCGGGCAGUGCAAAAAGUCCAUCUCGCCCUCACAGAUGAUCACCUCCUGCACACUGUCGUAGCAAUGAGGUCCCGUCCCUACGCCGCCCCGACCCUCUAUAAAGACAGACGCCUCCAGCCGCCCCAGCUGUUUCCGAAUGGAAGAAGGCACCGCUUCCCUUGUCCGUGAAGGCAGAGCAGCCGGGAUACUCUGGGGAGUGCUGCUGACGUGCGGGAAGGCGUCGUGCUCACGGGGCGGGUCGAGGGCAUUCACGAGGAAAGAUGACCACACCUGAGGGGUUUGCGCGUGGUCUUGCACUGGUGUGAGGCUGGCAGCGGUUGAAAUGGUUGAGCCAUCGAGCCCAGCAGCCGUCAAAACAGAGAGAGAAGGACAACUCAGAGCCACGAGUCCCACAAUACUCCACCAUAGCAGCCUUCUUGACCACAGCAGCGGACGGCGGCCCCAUUUGCGAUGAAGUGAGGGUAGCGGACACCAUCCUCUUUUCGGGUCAUUGGUGUGACGAUCUCUGCAUGACUGUAAUGGGAAGAAGCGCGUGGAUGUGGCGUCUGCAGCAGCCAGCGCCCUUGGUGGCGCUUCACAGUGCGAUGGGCUGCCAGAGAGAGCAGCAGGGCUAGUUCGAUGCGCUGGCAUGAUGGGGCAGAGGGGAGAGCUUGC